CAUCGACCCUGGUGUGAGCGACCCAAGUAGCUGCCACAGAGAACCGCUCUUUGCCCUCCAUCCUCUGUCCUCCGUGGCGCAGACCUGCAAGAAGUGGUAAGACGAGCAGGUCAAACCGCCGCAAGAAGAAGACGGGGAGACGUCACCACGUCAGAUUGCUCGCUGGGGUGCACCGGGUCGAAUGACAGUCAGCCGACCAGCAUCUACCCUGAGACGCGAGAGAUGGUGUCAAGGGUCUCACCACUUCGCCGUGCAUGGGUUGUCGUCACCUAAGUCGCAGCCUCACUCCCAUCGACUGCCACGUGGUGUUGCGGUGGUCUGUGCGGCACAGCCCAGCCUCCAGGCUGAGUGAGAUUGAGCCAUCGCCGCCGCCUUGCCCUUUCACCCUCCUCGCCACCAGUCUCGACCCCUUCCAUCACCCCUCGCUCGCCAUGCCACACGCUGCCGUCAUCGCAGGCUGCGUCAUCGCCGGCCUCGCAACAGCCUAUGCCGUGCAUACGACGAUCAUCCAACCCAUCCACGAGCAAGGGUGGGAGGAGUACUCAAAGGGCCACGGCGGCAAUGCGCAGGAGAGGUGGAGCAACUUUUGCGGUGCUUGGGGCCAUCGCGCGCACCACUUGAAGAGGGCGAUGAAUGGCAGGAGUGGGGAAGGUAGUGAUCCUGAUGGGGAAGAGCAGGUGGCGCUGAGGGAGAUUGAGGAGUUUGAGAGGGAGCGAAAGAGGCAAGAGGAUGAGCAGAGGAGCGGCGAGGGCAAUUCGACGGCAGUUGGCAAUGGAGACAGACACGACUCACUACGCAAGCGGCAACCUCGUGGGCAACACGCACUCAGCCCAUCCCAACCUCCGCUGCGCAACCCCUUCGACGACCUCACUUCCUCUCCUUCCUCGCCACACCACCACCUCGGCUUCGAUGAUGAGGACCAAAUAAGUACCACGCUCUCACCGCCACAUAGCAACGACAUGGUCCUCUUCGAUGCUGGCUCCCACCAAUCUGCCUCUCGCCCAGUCAGCCCAGGCGUGGUGAGCGACGGAGGCUUCUCGAGCACGGCGUGGAGUGAUGCGGGUGCGAGAUCGGCGACGAGUGACGAAUGGGAGAGGCUGGAUGAUGAAGAGAGCGACGACGAGGGCGAGAGAGGGCGAUAACCUAUUCAUGAUACGCCAUUCUCGCGCUCCUCUAAUGAUAAUGACCAUCUCGCCUCACGCUU